AUGGCGCACGCUCCGCCUGGGAGCCCCGCGCCCGCGCUCCACGACGCCGUCGGGGGAGCGGUCGGCUCGCGGGCCGACGCCUCGGCGCGGGGCGCGAAGGGGAUCAGCCCGCUCCACGAGGCGGCCUUUGCCGGCGAGCUUGGCGUGCUGAGGCAUCUCAUCGAGAGCCGCGUGGACCUCAACGCGAGGGACAGGCACGGGCAGACGCCGCUCUUCUUCGCACCGUGCGGGGAGGUAUGCGCGCUCCUCGUCGACGCGAAGGCCGACGCGAACCGGCUGAACAAGAAGGGCCAGACCGCGCUCCACUUGGCCGCCAACGCCGGCAUGGAGGAGGUGGUGGAGUGGCUGUGCAGCAGAAUGAGCCCGGGCCUGAUCAACGCGCAGGACAAGCACGGCCGGACCGCGCUGUGGUGCGCCAAGGCGCAAGGCCUGAAGGGCACCGCGGCCCUGCUCGAAGCUCGCGGCGCGAGCGCCAGGAUUCAGCCGCAGCGGGCGCAGAAGGAGAGGCGCUUCAAUAGCAGGAAGCUCCAGUUCCACUCCUUCGAGCCCGUGACUCUGCAGACCUUCCAGGAGGCGGCCGACGUCGAGCGGCAGCUCCGGCGGCUGGAGGCCGAGGCGGAGGCAGUGAUGCCUGGCCAGGUGCCUGGGAGGUGGCAGGCCGACGCGCCCGCGGCGCAGCUGCGGGCCUCGCUGCCGCCGGCGCCGCUCCUGGAGGCCGCGUCCGAGGACGGGGCUAGCGUCUGCGAGUUCGAGGCGAUCUCGCCGAAGAGGAAGAGCUCGGAGCUGCCGCACCUCUCCGACGUCACCUGGCACCGAGACCACGACGUGGUCGCCGUGCUCGCCGCCGAGGCGCUGGGCAGCGAGGGCGAGGAGGACGCGCUCGCCAGCACGCUGGCAGACGCCCGGCAGUGCGAGGGCUCGCCUCCAGGGGUGCCUGACGACGUCGGGGAGGACGCGCUCGCCAGCACGCUGGCAGACGCCCGGCAGUGCGAGGGCGCGCCUCCAGGGGUGCCUGACGACGUCGGGGAGGACGCGCUCGCCAGCACGCUGGCAGACGCCCGGCAGUGCGAGGGCGCGCCUCCAGGGCCUCCCGCGAUGCCAGCCUCCCCGGUGGCGGGGCCGUUGUCGGUGGGCCGCACGUCGGUGGCGGGGGCCGACCCGGGCUCCGAGGACUCUGCCCCGGACGAGGCCAUGCAGAGGGCUGCGGUCCGCAUCCAGGCGCGGACGCGCGGCACCCGGGCGAGGCAGCAGAUCAGGCAGAGGCUCGUGGAGAAGAUCGAGCGAGACGGCUGCGUGUUCUGGGAGGUCGUGCUCUCGGAGGAGGCCACCCGGAGCGAGCCCUUGGGCUUCUCUUUUGUCAGCGGCAAGGUGGAGUUUGCCAAGCGGCUCGGUGCGCCGGUGUCGACCUCGUCGGCGGACGCGGUUGGUCCAGAGGCGCUCUUUGUGAAGCGAGUGGCUUCGGGGUACUUGCUGGACAAAUGGAACUUGGCACACCCAGAUGCAGAAGUCGUCGCCGGCGACCGCAUCGUUGAGGUCAACGGCAUAACGGGGGUGCGUGGCAUGUCCAAGGAACUGCGCGCACCUGCCGUCAAGAUGGUUGUUGUACAGUACCCAGAGUGGUUCCAGGUGGAGCUCACGCAGGUCGACGCUCAGAGGCGCACGCCCUUCGGCAUCGAGUGGGAGAGCGUUGAGCACGAGAGCCUCGCGGAGCUGAAGGUCACCGCCGUGUCGCCGGCCGGGCUGGCCGAGGCCGCCAACCAGCGUUUCAUCGCCAAGGGCCUCUUCCACUACGUGGUGGCCCCCGGCAUGCGCAUCGAGGCGGUGAACGGGGUGAGUGGCGAUGUGGGCCUGAUGGCGGCGCGGCUGGCGGAGGGCCCGGCGGUGAAGCUGAGGAUCCGCAGGGCCGAGGUGGGCGCCGUGGCGAAGGAGAAGCUGAAGCGCAGGCUCUUCGCCUGGAGGGCCCUGCGCUUCGGCGGGAAGCGUGCGCAGACCCCAUCGGUCGCCUUCGAGGCGCCGAGGGCGCGGCAGGACGAGCAGAGCGACAUCCCGACGCAGGCGCCUGCGCCCCCCAGGGACGCCGGGCUCAGCAUCGACCCGGAGGCGUCGCCGAGGAGCCGGGAGCUGCAGGCACACAUCCAGGGCGCGCUGAGCUCGGGUCGCAUCGUGCCGUGCGACACGCCCGCGGGGCCAGCGCUCAUCGAGGACGUGGCCUCUCCUGCCACCAGGGAGCACGGGGCCUCUGAGACGCAGGCCGCCGCCGCCGCGCGGGAGGGGGUGCCUCCGCAGCUUCCGGAGCAGCCUGUGCAGCGGCCCGCCGCGCCGGCUGCGGAGGAGGCCUCGGCCCCACCCGCUGCGGCUGCGCCGCAGGAGGCCUCGGCUCCGCCUGCGGCCCCGGCGGCUCUGGAGCCCGAGGCGCUGCCCGUGGAGGCGGCGCCGCUCGCGGCCCCAGAAGCGACCCCUCGGGAGGCGCUGCCGACGCAGGCGGCCCCCGCCGCCGAGGUGCCACCGCAGCCUGCCGAGCAGGUCGCCGCGCCAGCUGCGGAGGAGGCAGCGGCGCCAGCCGCCGCGCCAGCGGCUCCUGAGCAGGAGGCCGGCGCCACAGCGCCCACAGAAGAGGCUCGCACCGCUGCCGCCGCCGUGGGGGCAGCCGCGACCCCUUGCGAGGAGGCCGUCCCGGCGCCCGCCGAGGAGGCCUCUCCCGCUGCCGCCGCAGUGGAGGCCGUCGCGACUCCUUGCGAAGAGGCCCGCCCGGCCUCCCCCGCUGCCGCCGCAGUGGAGGCAAUCGCGACUCCUUGCGGAGAGGCCGUCCCGGCGCCCGCCGAGGAGGCCGCCACAGCGCCCACAGAAGAGGCUCGCACCGCUGCCGCCGCCGUGGGGGCCGUCGCGACUCCUUGCGAGGAGGCCGUCCCAGCGCCCGCCGAGGAGGCCAGCGCCGCUGCCGCCGCAGUGGAGGCUGUCGCGACUCCUUGCGAGGAGGCCGUCCCGGCGCCCGCCGAGGAGGCCUCCCCCGCUGCCGCCCGCCGCUGCCGCCGCAGUGGAGGCUGUCGCGACUCCUUGCGAGGAGGCCGUCCCGGCGCCCGCCGAGGAGGCCUCCCCCGCUGCCGCCGCAGUGGAUGCAAUCGCGACUCCUUGCGGAGAGGCCGUCCCGGCGCCCGCCGAGGAGGCCUCCCCCGCUGCCGCCGCCGUGGGGGCCGUCGCGACUCCUUGCGAAGAGGCCCGCCCAGCGCCCGCCGAGGAGGCCGCCACAGCGCCCACAGGAGAGGCUCUCACCGCUGCCGCCGCCGUGGGGGCCGUCGCGACUACUUGCGAGGAGGCCGUCCCGGCGCCCGCCCAGAGGCCCGCCCAGCGCCCGCCGAGGAGGCCGCCACAGCGCCCACAGAAGAGGCUCUCACCGCUGCCGCCGCCGUGGGGGCCGUCGCGACUCCUUGCGAGGAGGCCGUCCCGGCGCCCGCCGAGGAGGCCUCCCCCGCUGCCGCCGCGGGGGCCGUCGCGACUCCUUGCGAGGAGGCCGUCCCGGCGCCCGCCGAGGAGGCCUCCCCCGCUGCCGCCGCGGUGGAGGCCGUCGCGACUCUUUGCGAAGAGGCCCGCCCAGCGCCCGCCGAGGAGGCCGCCACAGCGCCCACAGAAGAGGCUCUCACCGCUGCCGCCGCCGUGGGGGCCGUCGCGACUCCUUGCGAGGAGGCCGUCCCGGCGCCCGCCGAGGAGGCCUCCCCCGCUGCCGCCGCGGGGGCCGUCGCGACUCCUUGCGAGGAGGCCGUCCCGGCGCCCGCCGAGGAGGCCUCCCCCGCUGCCGCCGCGGUGGAGGCCGUCGCGACUCUUUGCGAAGAGGCCCGCCCAGCGCCCGCCGAGGAGGCCGCCACAGCGCCCACAGAAGAGGCUCUCACCGCUGCCGCCGCCGUGGGGGCCGUCGCGACUCCUUGCGAGGAGGCCGUCCCGGCGCCCGCCGAGGAGACCUCCCCCGCUGCCGCCGCCGUGGGGGCCGUCGCGACUCCUUGCGAGGAGGCCGUCCCGGCGCCCGCCGAGGAGGCCGCCACAGCGCCCAUGGCAGAAGAGGCUCCCGCCGCUUUGGCCGCGUUGCAGGCCGCCGCCGCGCCGGGCGAGGGUGCUUUUGCUGCCGCUGCCGUGGAGGCCGUCGCCGCACCCUGCGAAGAGGCCGCCCUGGCCGCCGAAGUUCCGCGGCAGCCGGAGCCGCUCGUGAAGGAGGCGGCCGCGCAAACUGCGGGGGAGGCCUCGGCGACACCUGCCGCCCAUGCAGCGUCUCAGCAGGAGGCGUCGCCCGCACAGAAAGCCCAGGCCGCCGAGGUACCGCAGUGGUCUAGAGAGGAGGCCCCCGCGCCAGCUGCCGAGGUCGCCUCGGCGACUCCUCAGCAAGACGCGCUGCAAGCAGAGGCGACCCAGACAGCCGAGGCGCCGCGACAGCUAGAGCAGUCUGUGGAGGAGGCCGCCGUACCGGCUGCGGAGGAAGCCGUGGCGCCGUCUACUUGCCCAGAGGCUGCUCAGCAAGAGCUGCGGCUGGCGGAGGCGACCCCCGCCGCCGCGGUGCCGCAGCUGCACGCGGGAAAGGCAUCCGCACCAGCUGUGGAGGAGGCCUCAGCGCCAGUUGUGGCUCCGGCGACUCCUCAGCAGGAGGUGGCGGCCCCCGCCGCCGAGGUGCCACGGCGGCCAGAACUGGCUGCGGAGGAGGCUGCCGCGCCGGCUGCUGAGGAGGAGGUUAUGGGGGAGGCGUGCGCGCCUUUGCAGAGUGAGGUGGGCGGCCUGGUGCCAACGCUGCGCGCGCUCGAGCAGGGCGAUGGCGCGCUCGCCGAGCUGCCCCAGCAGCCGCCGAGCGCGUCGCCGUCCCAGGCGGCGGAGCGAGAAGGCGUGUGCGGCUACUCCGUGGGCGACGACGUCUUCGUCUGGAGCAGCUCGCAGGAUCGAUGGCAGCCCUGCAGGGUCGCAGCCGUGUUCCUGGAGGACACGACGGAGGGUGGCAUCGACAUCCUGCCCAACACUGUGAAGGUGGAGUCUGCCUCUGGCGUGAAGUACGUGGCUGAGGUCGGAGAAGAAGCAAAUGCACAAGCAUAA